UUUAGGGGGUCUGAGCACCCCUCAUGUUCAGUUUCUAGUUUUGCUCCUGCUUCAAAGGGGCAUGGACGCAGUGCUGAUGAUCAAGACCGACGCGCGCAGUUUGAUGCUUUUAAGACUUGUUAGUCCUGCCCGUGCUCCUUCUUCUUCGUGGCUUGGUGGUGCAGCGCAACACACCAACCGAGAAUACCGAUUGCUGACCACUUCGGCCCCCCCCCCCCCCCCUGCUGCACCUUCGGGGGUAUCUCGUGAGCUGUCGCUAAGCGUGCGUUUUGCAUCCGCGUCGAUGGGCUAAAAAAAAAAAAAAGAGCUAUUUUAUGCGCGCGUUAUGAUCGACGGAGAUGGCACGUAUCCAGACUAAACCGUGUUUGUUUUGUGCAGCAAUGAGGCAGGGGGUGGAUAGUCGCCACAGAGACGUUGGUCUCCGGCCAAACAUCUUUGCAUUUUAGCACCUAUUCCAUGCUCCGGAUUUGCAUUUGCUGCAUCGCUGAUCGACCGUUUUCUCUCGUCUCCAUUUUUUUUUUGCAAAGUGCAUGGUGGAUGGAAGAUGCAGCUGCUUUGAGGACACCCCCCUCCGGAUAUCAAUUGCUGCCAUGACAGGCAGAGGACUGCUCUCGACCGCGGCUCGGCCGGUUGGAGAAGAGGCAGAUUGAUUCGGGACGGUGGGUCGCAUCUGCGGAUGUUAUUCUGCCGGUGGAGCCGACAAGAACCGCUCACUCAAAACGCGUCGCGAUUGUCACUCAGGGAAAGGGGAGAAAGAAAACAUGUCCUCUCGAUCUGCAUUACCGUCUGGCAACGACAGGAGUACCGGAGACCAUCAUGUGUUGCUGGGGGCCAGCCGUUCAGACAAGGCUACGAGUCAAUCCAGCCGUUCGCUUGGCGCCCGAUGCAGGAACUCUAUCGCCUCCUGCUCUGACGAGCAACCCCACAUCGGAAACUAUCGUUUACUCAAGACCAUCGGCAAGGGAAAUUUUGCCAAGGUCAAGUUGGCGCGCCACAUCCUGACAGGCAGAGAGGUCGCAAUAAAAAUUAUCGACAAAACUCAGUUGAAUCCAACUAGCCUACAAAAGCUCUUUCGGGAGGUGCGAAUAAUGAAAGGCUUAAAUCACCCCAACAUAGUGCAGCUGUUUGAGGUGAUUGAGACAGAUAAGACCCUUUACCUGAUCAUGGAGUAUGCCAGUGGAGGUGAAGUGUUUGACUACCUCGUGUCUCAUGGAAGAAUGAAGGAGGUUGAAGCCAGAGCCAAAUUUCGACAGAUUGUUUCUGCUGUCCACUAUUGCCACACAAAGAAUAUUGUCCACAGAGAUUUGAAGGCAGAGAAUCUCCUGCUGGAUGCCGACGCCAAUAUCAAGAUUGCCGAUUUUGGUUUCAGCAAUGAGUUCACGCUUGGCAACAAGUUGGACACGUUCUGUGGUUCGCCGCCAUACGCUGCCCCCGAACUUUUCCAGGGAAAGAAAUAUGAUGGACCUGAAGUGGAUGUCUGGAGUCUUGGAGUCAUCCUGUACACACUGGUCAGCGGCUCACUGCCUUUUGAUGGGCAGAAUCUGAAGGAGCUGAGGGAGCGUGUGCUAAGGGGAAAGUACCGCGUUCCCUUUUACAUGUCCACCGACUGUGAAGGGAUCCUUCGUCGAUUCCUGGUGCUCAAUCCCACCAAACGCUGCACCCUAGACCAAGUCAUGAAGGACAAGUGGAUAAAUUCAGGGUACGACGGUGAAGACCUAAAGCCCCAUAUAGAACCCGUUGAAGACUACAGCGAUCCGGCCCGCAUUGAGGUAAUGGUCGGCAUGGGCUUCACCCCCGAUGAAAUCAAGGAUUCUCUGCUCAAUCAGAAAUACAAUGAGGUCACCGCUACCUACUUACUGCUGGGCCGCAAAGGCGAUGAAGGCAGCGAGGCCCGCACAGCUAGUACCCUGUCCUUGGCGCGGGUGCGACCCAGCCCGAUCACCAACGGCACCAACAAACACUCUUCAACAGCUACUGGUUCCUCUUCCUCUUCCACCUCCUCCUCACACAGUAAGACACAGCGCAGUGCCUCCACUUACCACAGGCAGCGACGACACAGCGACUUCUGCGGACCGUCCAUGCCCGUCAUGCACCCCAAAAGAAGCCCAACGAGCACGGGCGAGAGGGAGCUGCGAGAGGGACGAAUGCCUUCGCGUAAGGCCAGUUGCAGCGUGAUGGGAAGCCACAGCCUCCCCCCUUCUAGUCCAAUGGUUAGCAGCGCCAACAACCCCAACAAGUCGGAGAUACCAGACCGCCGUAAAGACAUGACUGCCACCACAAAUAACAUCCCUGGAAGCGCAAUGACACGCCGAAAUACAUACGUGUGCACGGAUCGCUCAGGGGCCGACAGGCACUCUCUCUUGCAGAACGGCAAAGACAACAGCUCUUUGGGCCACCGCAUGCCUGCGGCUUCUCCCUCCACACUCAGCAUUUCCGGGGCUGGAGCGGCAUCUUCCUCUUCGUCGGACCGGUGCCGCUUGACCCGAGGAUCCACAAUCCGCAGCACCUUCCACGGGGGACAGCUGAGGGAUCGUGGCCCUCCGAUUUAUUCGGCCCCGCCCACUUCACCCACGCUGUCCCACCAUGAUGCCAGCCCUUUGCCCCAUGCUCGCACCAGGGCCACCUCCAACCUCUUCACCAAACUGACCUCCAAACUCACUCGCAGGGUCAACCUUGACCCGUCCAAGCGCCAGGGCUCAAACAAAUCAGUGUCGGGUUGCACUCUUCCACAAGGAUCAAAAACCGUUAGGUCACAAAUGAAUCUGAGGGAAUCAGGAGAUUUGCGGUCACAAGUUGCCAUCUACCUGGGUAUCAAAAAGCGUCCGAGCCCAGGGCCGUCGGACGUGGCUGGAAUCUAAGAAGCAGUGGCCGGCGGGACCCUGCGGAGGUUGUACUGGCUCUGCGGGAGGCAGCACUCGGAUGUGGCUGCCAGGUGCACCAUGCCGGCCCCUUUCUGCUCUCCUGCACCCAUGGCGUGGCAGGGGGCCGUGUGGCUUUUGAGGCCGAGGUGU